AUGUCUAACCAAACGGUGCAAGACAUCCUCCAAUACCAAUUUCGAAACCCCAAGCUCCUCGAAGAAGCUCUCCGGGCCCCAGGCACAGAUCCAGGAACAACCCGCCAAAACCCAAGAGCCCAUGGAAACAAGGGUCUAGCCAUGAUUGGAGACGCCGUCCUCCGACUCGCCGUAGUCGACGACGGCAUCAUAGACGGCAAAACUACUCGCACAGGAGCUUCUACUGCUGAGGCGCUGGUCGGUGCUGUGUGGAUUGAUUCGGACCGAGAUUUUACUACGGUUCAUCGUGUCAUACACAAUCUUGACAUUGCCAGUGAAUUCUUGCACAAUGGAAAUCACUUAUGUGGCAAGGCCGAGACGGCUGUGGCGGCAUAG